AUGAGUAACUAUGAAAAACAAAACCUUUUAUGCAAUAAUCAAUCACUAGAAAAAGAAAUAGAAGAAGUAGAAUAUGUUUUACAGGAUUCAACUUCAGAUAAUAUUGAGAGAAGUAUAUUAAGAGAAAAUACUAUUAAUAAACAAGCUGUUAGUAACAAUAAUGUAGAAUUAAAUAAUGUAGGACCAAAUAAUAAAAAUAAUAUAGAGCUAGAAAAUGUGAAAAUAAAUACUUAUCAAAAAGAUGCCAUAUUUCAAUCAACUAAUAACAAAAGCAAUUUUAUUUGA